UCAUUUUUCAUUUUACUCUCUCUCGCACGCGCUCUCUCUCUCUCUCUUUCUGUCUCUUCUCAGUAGCUAUCUUCUGCUCAAAAGACGAUCACCGGCGAUAUAUUCUGUAUCUAGAAUUGAAAUGAGUUGUAACAUAAGAGAGAAGCAUAUCUGUGCCAAUCAGAGUAACCAAUCGGCGAAACCCGACCCGGAGCAGGGCAGCAGCAAUAACAACACUGGCAAUGCUGUAGAAAGGACUCUGUUAUCUAAGUCCAUCAUGGAAUCCGGGAUCAAGCCUUUGAAUUGUUUUGUGGGAGGUCAUGAUUCUGCCCAGAACACAAACCCUAGCCCGACUCCCGGCGCUGAGCUUGAUAGCAGUGAGUGGGUUUACUGUGCCGAGGAGCAGGUGAAGGUUGAAUGCCCGAAGAGGUUCAAUUUUAGUCCUUUAAUGAAGUCAUUGCUGAAGAGGAAUGUUGCGACUUUUGAUGCUUGGAUUAGGUCAAACUACAAAAAUAUACAAAAUCAGUCACAGGCAGCAUCAAGCCUUUUGCCAUCUGGGUAUUCUGAAUCCCAGAAUUCAAAAAAUCAAGAUGUUGUCAACUAUGUGUUAAGUAGAUUUGAUUAUUUAAAUCUUGACGAGAGUAGAGAGCAUGGGCAUCCCCAGAUGGAUAAAGAUGAUGAGAAUAUUGUGAGUUUGAUCCAUCAAAUCAAGGAUCUUGAGAGGCAGAGAAAGGAGCGGGAGGAAUGGGCUCAUCAGAAAGUAAUUCAAGUUGCAAGAAAAUUAAUGGAUGACUUAACUGAGCUUGAGAUGUUGAGGAUGGAAAGGGAGGAGGCCCAAAGUGUGAAGAAGGGUAAGCAGACCAUUGAGGACAAUUUCACGAAGAAGCUCACAGAAUUGGAGAAUGCUCUCUGUAAAGCAAGUGGUGAAGUGAACCGUGUCAAAUCUACUGUGAGAAAGCUUGAGACUGAGAAUGCAGAAAUUAGAGCAGAAAUCGAGGCAUAUAAACUGUGUGCAUCAGAAUCUGCAACAACUUCUAUGGAGGUUGCGAAGAUGGAGAAGAAAUUCCUGAAAAGGCUUUCAGCUUUGAAGAAACAGGUAUCUAAACUUCAGGAGUAUAUUGCAGCUGAGAAACAGAAGUGUUCAGACUUGGCAGCACAGCUGGCUCAGGGUGAGGCAGAUCAAAAGAAAGCUGAGGAAAAGUGGUGCAAGGAACAGGCAGCCAAGGAGGUAGCCCGGACCCAAAUAGAGGAAGAACAGAAGUUCAAAGAGGCUGCCGAGGCUGGUAACAAAAGGAAACUCGAGGCUCUGCGCCUCAAGGUAGAAAUAGACUUCCAGAGGCAGAAAGAUGACCUCCAACGCCUUGAACAAGAUCUUUCAAUGCUGAAAUCAUCCGAGCUAAGCACAGGGAACUCAGAUGGGGUGAAUGCCCCCAGGUUGCUGCAUGAAUUAGACAACGUUGAGAAUUCUGCAGAGAAGGAAGUUGGGUCUGAUAGGGAAUGCAUUCUCUGCUUGAAGGAUGAGGUGUCUGUUGUCUUUCUCCCCUGUGCUCACCUAGUUGUGUGUGCCAACUGUAACAAGAGCUACGGGAAGAAGGGCAGAGCUGCAUUAUGUCCAUGUUGUUGCGUCCCUAUUGAACAGAGAAUUCGUGUCUUUUAACUCAAGAACAGUCAAAAACUUGAAAACUCUAAAUUGUUAUCACUGUCUAUAGAGCAGCGAAGCCCGGCAGAUGAUUCCCAUACAACAGCUUCUUCCGACCAGUGUGCUGGGAGUGCCAGCUUUCUAAGCAUGUAAUUCGCAGGAAGGGUGCUUACUAUUUUUUUGCAAAAGUAAUACGAAAACAGGAAAGAAAAUAAAGGUAAUUGUAGAGCAGGGAAGAGACUCUUGCCUGGUUACGAGGAAGAAAUAUGAGGAGAAGCUGCAUAGCAUAGUGUAUUAGUGUUAGUACAUAAUUAAUAUGAAAAUAUUAAUUUUGUUUUUAUUGGCAUAUGUUAGUGUUUUUAUUGGCAUAGCGUAGUCUUAGUGUAUGCAAUAUUGAAUCAGCCUAAUUAUAUGGGAUGAAGAAAGUGGUGGUUGGAAUGAAGAUAAAGUUCAAGAUGAGCUGGUAACAAAUUCCUUGGUUA